AUCGACAUAUAUAAAAUCCGGGGAUAAUACGCAUAUGCGAUUUCGCGUCUUUUAGAAUCUUGCGUUUUUUACAUACCCAACUUCUUUUUUAAAGUCAAAACAUAUGAGUAAAAGUAAAGAAUACAUUACAACACUUAUUUCCCCAGGCAAAAUUGUAGAAAAUUUACAUUUUGGUCCAUUUUGUCAUAACUGGUGGUUUGCGCGACCAAUAAAUAAGAAUCCUACGCAUACUCCUCUCCUUCCGAUUCGUUUAGGAAUGAAAACUCAUACAGUUUUAAAAAAAUGUGACUUCAUAAUUACCGUUGUAAAAGAUACUCAACAUCCAAAUUCUCCUGGAUUUUUGUGUUUUUCUGAAGAAUAUAGGUCAGGUGUGUGCAGUUCACCAACAGACACCUGCUAUGAAAAAGUUUUUCAUUCAAAUGCAAAGUUCCCUGGUCCACAAGUUAUGGGUUUUGACAAUUCAAAUAUUAUACAACAAUUACUUGAUGAUAUUAUAUUUCGUCCAUAUAUGAUUAGUCUUGUAAAAUUGAACGUAAUUGUGCUGGGAAUGGGAAAAUCAAAAAAACCAGAAUGGAAUUAUGCAGGAGAAGGAUAUAAAUCCGUCUUUCAAUCUCAUUACAAUGGUAUAAAAUCAGCUUUUAUUCAAGAAAUAGAAGAUGAAGAGUGUGUAGUUCAAAUAUAUACUAAUGAUACUUUGAUAAAGACGUAUAAUGCUAUUGAUCCUAAUGAAGUUUGGUUAUGUAUUGGCAGACUUUCAAAUUAUUCUGGAAAAAAAAUUUUUGGGUUAGAAAAUCCGUAUACGCAAAUUUGUAUUCAACAAGCACAAAUUCCUUCUUGCACGGUAUUGGACUGGACUUUAGAGGGAGUGUUAGAAAAUCUUUAUAAAUAUCAUUUGAAAAGAAGAAUUUCAUGUGAGAUCAAAUGGCAUGAUUUAUUUAAUAAAUGGUUAAAUCAGAAAAGUGAUAUUUUAGAAUUACGGAAAGCUAUUUUAGAUUCAUAUCCAUCUGGUUAUGAAAUUAAUGAACGAGAAUGGCGUGCUUGGAGAGCAUUUGUUCGAAAUGCAGGAUGUACUAAUAUCACCCCCUUCAAAAAUGGAGAAUCUAAAUUUGAAUUUUGGACGAAAUCAGAUAACGUUCAAAAAGAUAGUACAACAUUACAAAUACUUUAUGAAUCAGGAUUCCUCCAACAAAAUCCAUAUUAUCAAGAAAAUCAAUCUCUUACAUUUUGGCAAGCAUUUCGUAACGCAUUGGAAAAUACAAAUAGAGGUCCAAAUGGUCAAAGACGAAUUCUUUCAAUUAUUGCUACAAAAUUUACCUAUCAAGAACUCAGAUCAAAAUUAGGGGU